AUGGCUCGUCGCAACGUCAAACUCAACGCACCCCUUCCCCCCGCUUCGGACCAUGUCUUCCGGCAUGAGCAACACGCUGCGCCCAUACCAAUCGCAGUACAAAUCCAGAUCCUCCUCGCUGCCUCGUGCCUUCCAGUUGUAGCACGCCAGUCGCCCGUACUUGUCGGCAGCCGAGGGACCCUUCGACGAAAGACCUCAGUCGGCCUGCGUAACAUCUCCUUCCAUGUUGCUCCAGGGAGAAUGGUUGCGUUCGUUGGAGCUUCUGGAGCGGGCAAGAGCACAAUCAUUCGGCUGUUGCUGAGAUUCUAUGAUGUCGAUAGCGAGUCAGUGCUGAUCGAUGGCGAGAAUGUGAAGAACUGUUCUCAGGAGUCUACGCAAGCAAAUUGGAGUUGUCGCCCAAGAUACGAUCUUGUUCAACCGAUCUCUGCGAUUCAAUAUUUCAUACGGCAAACCGGAUGCAUGUGA